AUGGAAAUAGUGAUAAAAGAAAGACCUUCCGAGGCUGAUUCCCCUCGUCCUGCCCUCACCAGUUCGCAUCCUGCUGCUGACGAUACUGUUGCAGAUUCUGAAGCAGGAGAAGAGGCAACGACUGAGAGUGUGGAUGUAGGUACUGGUAUUAGUGGGCAUGCGGGGAUGGUUGUGUGUGGAGAUGUGGGAGGGGUGCAAGGAGAGGUGAGUGCUCAGUGUGCGUUCCCAGGAGACCCUUCCUCCUCUGCUUCUCAUCACAGUCACAACGGUCUUGAUUGCACACAGCAGGAGCCCCCGUCGUCAGCAACAGAAGCAGCAGGGAUGAUGGAUCCAAGUCCAUCUGGUGCAUCGGAUGGUGUUGGUGUUUCUCCCUCUUCGCAGCCUCCUUCCAGUAUCAGCACUGCAUCUGAUGGUCGGAUCAAUGGGACAAACACGAGAUCAACCAACAGUGGCGCUGCCAGGUCUCUCGAGGGUCCUGGGGUGGAGAGCGGAGGGGGCGGCAUUAGCGGGAGCCACGAGAAGAGUCGGGCUGAUGAGAGGAGUGGGACUGGUGAGAGGAGUGGGACUGGUGAGAGGAGUGGGACUGGUGAGAGGAGUGGGACUGGUGAGAGGAGUGGGGCUGAUGAGAGGAGUGGGACUGGUGAGAGGAGUGGGGCUGGUGAGAGGAGUGGGGCUGGUGAGAGGAGUGGGGCUGGAGAGGUGGCUGUUUCCAGUGAGAGGGGUGGUGCUCGCUUGGGUGGCAACAUGGGUGCAUAUGCCAGGAUGAGGAUCAAAACUUGGUCGGUUGAUCUUGGGGAGACACUAGAAACGCCAGCAACAACGCCAGGGGCUGGGCUCGGACUUGGAACAAUGGACCCUGAUGGGCUAGAAUCCCCUGCAGAAACACCGAUGACAGCGAGAGAGGGGGCAGGAGGAGGGGGGUCAGGAGGAGGGGCAGGAGGGGGAGGAGGAGGAGGAGGAGGAGGAGGAGGAGGAGGAGGAGGAGGAGGAGGAGGAGGAGGAGGAGGAGGAGGAGGAGGAGGAGGAGGAGGAGGAGGAGGAGGAGGAGGUGGUGGUGGGGCGUCAGUAGCAGGUGGAGAGGAGGAGGAUUACCGGCUGUGGGAUGUGGAGGAAAACGAGGAGGGGACGAAGGCGACGAGUAGAGACACAACGCUGCACAAGAAGGCAUGGGUGAUUCUCUCUGGGCAUGUUACCAACCUCUUAAGAAUGCUCCAGCUCAUGUGUGAGGGCCAUAACGCGGAUAUGCAGCGCCUGCUGCGCCUGCAGGAGUAUCCUGGCCCUCCGAGUGCCGGGAUCGAACGGUCAGGAGGAGCGGACGAUGAUGGGGCUGCCGGGGGCGGGGGAGGGGGAGUGGGGAUUGGGGGAGGGGCGGGAGGGGGAAGGGGGUGGGGCGGAGGGGGAGGCGGGGCGGUGGAGGGGAAAGGGGUGAAUGUGUUGCAGGAGAUUAUAGUGUUUCUGGAGCAUUUGCAGCCGUCUCUGGAUAAGAAUCUAGGGCAGAAGAACCCUCUACUGGUCGAAAUCGCUCUACAGGUAUCCCUUACCGUUCCCCUUCUCCCCUCUCGCUUCCUCUCUUCCCCUUUCUUCCCCUCGCUUCCCCUCCUUUUCCCCUCCCUUUCCCUCCCGUUGUCUACCUCACCACAGGCGCUCAACACGCUGUUAGAGGCCAUCCAGGGCCCGUGCUUUGAGAACCAGCUGGCUCUCGUGCGCUCCAACUUCCUCUCCAUCACGCAACGAAUGCUCGCCUCGCUCAACUACCGCGAACAGGAUGAGCGCACGCCGCCCGUGCGCUACUCGCCGGAUGUCAUUGCGGGUAUUCUGAGCUACACUGCGCUCGGGUCCCGACCCGCGGGAGGAGCUGGAUGUCCUUUGCUAAGCGCCAACGACCUGCGGUGCUGGCUGCGCAACGGGGUGUUCUCAGUCUACCUCUCUCUACUCGAGGAGAUCGGCACCAACAGCGAGAUCCCCAGCAAGAUGGCAGCAGUCAUCGACUUCACCUCCCUGCUGCACCGCUGCCGCCAGCUGCAGCAGGUUCUCAGGGAGUACAAGCUGGGCUGUCCCGACGCGGGCAGGGAUUUCGAGUCGUCGCAGAGCCUGAUCGCGUUCCUGCGGCAGAUGCUGAGAGAGUAUAUGGUGGCUCGUGGUGAUCGGAUGGAGCAUGGCGGCGAAGCAGCAGUGGCGGCGGCGGCGGCGGCGGCGGUGGCGGUGGCGGGGGUGGGAGGGGCAGCGGAGGCAGGUGAAGGUUCUGGUGGGAGACUUGCGAGUGCUGCUGCCGUGGCUGCUGCAGGGGGGUUGCGAGGCGAGGACAGGAGAGGGGAUGUGCGAGGGGAAGGAACAUACUGUGCUGCAAACAGUCAAAUGGGAAGGGAAGAGGAUGGGGGGAUGCGAGGGGAUGAAGCUGUGAGGAUCUGGCGAGGCGUGGGUUCAGGUGUGGGCUCACGGGUUGGGUGGGGGAAGCCUAUGGAGAGGGUGGGAGAGGGGGUGGUGGAGGAGGGAGGGACAGCAGCAGCAGCAGCAGCAGCAGCAGCAGCAGCAGCAGCAGCAGCAGCAGCAGCAGCAGCAGCAGCAGCAGCAGCAGCAGCAGCAGCAGCAGCAGCAGCAGCAGCAGCAGCGCCAGCAGCAGCAGCAGAAAAGUCAACAGGAGCAGGGCACUUCUGCUCCAUCCAUCUCCCCACAGUGGCGUCCCCCCCUUUGGAGCACAUUCAAUACAGACUCCCUUCUCUUCCUGCUGCCAGGCGAGGGCCGUUUGCCACGUGUGCAUAUUCCGUUCUAAAAUGUGACAAGCCGCAGAGAAUCGGAACUCUGUGCUUUGAACACACCCUAUCAGUGGGUGACCAAGACCUGGAAGUUUUCUUCAACCAGCGCUCGUGUGCUAUCGAGGUCGUGCGCGACGGGCAGCUGGAAAAGGUUUAUUUCCCGCUGACCCCGGAAUGCAGGAGGCUGUCUCAGGACCCCCAGUGGACCCAGGCUGCCCUGCAGGAGCUGUAUGACGUUCCAAGAGAGAACCCUAUCCAGAAAGUUCAGCAGUUCAUGGCAGCGGCGCGGCUGCUGGUAUACAAGGUGCAGCACUACGAGCGCAUGCGGCUGCGAUACGCCUGGUCCGGCUGGCUGCAGGCCCGCAUGACCCACCUCAAGCGCGCCCCCUUCUACCUCUCCAUCGUUAUAGUCACCAUCCUUGUCUUUAGUAACACCCAGCUCAGCACCGCUCCUGCUGGGCUGUUGCAGGUGGCAGCAGGGGCACUCACCCUCGUGGCGUUUGUGCUCAUAGAGUCGCCUCUCCUCGUGCUGCACGAGCGACGUGCCAAGGAACAGGCGAUCUCAGGGGCGCUCUCCUCUCUAGCUGAGCGGGGUCACACAGAUGCCUUGGGGCAAGGGGAAGGGGAAGGGGAGGAGGGGGCGGGAGGAGCUGAGAUGUGGGAGGAGCUAGAGGGGGUGCCCAAGCGUCUGCUGCUGCAGAACCGGGACUUCUGGUACAUCAUUGCCAUGCUCGUUGCCAGCAUCCUGGGAAUAGUCUCGUCGCCCUUCUUCUUUGUCUUCCACCUACUCGACUUCCUAAUCUACCACCCCUCGGGAGCCAUCGUGCUGCAGUCCGCCUAUGUGGGCGGCCCUCUGCUCAUCCGCACCGGCCUAGUGGGAAUCCUCGUCAUCUUCAUGUAUGCGGUCGUCUCCUUUCUCGCCUUCGGAGGGGACAACGACUUUGCCUGCACCACUCUCUACGGGUGUAUAGGCUCUCAUCUCGUGAACGCGCUUUCGAGCUCCUCGAUCGGAGGGCUUUGGAAGGAGUGGGAUGCGGUGCCGGACUCGAUGUUCGAGGGGGUGCGCGGGCAGCUGCGGACGGCGUUUAUCGUCUCGUUCCUCAUCAUCUGGGUGUUCCUGCUGCAGAAUAUCUUCACGGGGCAGAUUGUCGACGCGUUCACGUCCAUUCGUGACGAGAAGGCUGCCAAGGAGAAGGAUCUAGACGACAAGUGCUUCGUGUGCAGCAUCGACCGCUUCGCGUUUGAGCAGCGGCUGGGCGGGUUCGUGGACCACGUGAAGCACGAGCACAACGCGCUGCACUACCUCUUCUACAUGGACUAUCUCCUCAAGCGCAACCCCACGGAAUACACCGGCCUCGAGUCCUUUGUCCGCGGCCGCCUCGACGCGCGCAACGACGACUGGAUCCCGAUCGGCCGCGCCAUGCACAUCGACCGGCUGAAGCAGUUCCGGGCGAAGCAGCGCGGCGCGAGCGAGGGCAUGGACCGGGUCCGGCAUGUGUUGGACCGAAUGGAUGCGCGAAUGACGGCGCUUGAAGCCGGGAUGGAGACGAUGAGGAUUGAGAUCAACCGGUCGUCGUCUCGGUCGUCCCGGUCGGGGUCCGGUGUGGGGCUUGCGAGUGCGAGUGUCGGCGGUGGUGGCGGAGGGGGAGGUGGAGGGGGAGGGAGGCGGUCGCAGGGGAUUCUGGCGCGGUCGUUGACGGGGGGAGGGAGCGGUCGGAGGAGCAGCAGCAACAAUAGCAGCGGAGGGGCGGGAGCUAGUCGGUCGUCGAGCUUUGGGAGGGCUGGGAGGGGGAUGAUGAUGGGAUCCAUGUCACUCAAUCCGAAUUCACAGCUGCAUAAUGAAGAGGAGGAGGAGGUGACUGGUAGAGGGGAUAUGAUUUCUCUUUACAUCUUGCACUUGUGUGCAAAGGUUCCUGCUCUGCCUGUAUACCCUUGUUAA